GUUUAUUGCUCUGGGCUGUACCUAAAUGUCAUAUACAGUAUUAAGAACAACAAGAGUGUCAGUUACAUAACUUGUGUUACUGUACUGAUGUGUUUAGUGGCUAUGAUGCAGUUGUAAAAGCUUCAUUCUCAGAACCCUGGUUCCUUGUGUCCUCCAUUCAUAACUUAACCUGGUUUAGGUUAGUAGUCACAGUGUGAUGUCUAGAUGGACAGUAUAGUUGUAGUAGUCAUAGUGAUGUCUAGAUGGACAGUAUAGUUGUAGUAGGUUAGUAGUCAUAGUGUUGUCUAGAUGGACAGUAUAGUUGUAGUAGGUUAGUAGUCAUAGUGAUGUCUAGAUUGACAGUAUAGUUGUAGUAGUCAUAGUGAUGUCUAGAUGGACAGUAUAGUUGUAGUAGGUUAGUAGUCAUAGUGUUGUCUAGAUGGACAGUAUAGUUGUAGUAGGUUAGUAGUCAUAGUGGUGUCUAGAUGGACAGUAAAGUUGAAAGUUUUUGAUGAGAGACGCACAUACUCAAGUUAUCUCCCUCUAGCAUGUGGUGGACCGUGCAACACCCUGACACACACACACACACACACACACACCCAUGACCCUUAUACAGACAGCAUGCUACGGAUGAAGACUGAGCCUGAGUAUGAAGAAAAAACGAGAAUUAUGUUUAUUGCCUGUUUUAGUGGUGGCCUGUCUAGUGUCCAUAAUGGGUGGUUCAUCUCUCCCUAGCCCUAUUCUGAUUGGUCCAGACAAGGCCUACCUGAACUCCAAGGUAGUGUUCCAAUGUAGAUCACCUGGGUCUCCUCCACCAAACACAUACGAGCUCCUGAAGGACGGCAACCACCUGGUCGCCACGAGCAACGACCUCCAAGACGACCAAUCGGCUACGUUCUUCCUGAAGAUCUCUGUGACGUCAGAAGGAUCGUACCACUGCAGGGUGACGGCAGGUGGAAACAUGGGCCUCAGUGGAACAGUCCGCCUGCAAGUAGUGAUCCCUGUCUCAGGCACUAUGGUGACCUCUGACCCUGAUCCUCCCAUUCUCUACGAGGGGUUGCGGCUCACUCUCACCUGUGAUGUCACCAAGGGCUCCCACCUCUCCUACACCUGGUUCUACAACAGACAGGAAGUGACAUCAUCUCCAACCUCACCUUUGACCCCGCUUCUGCUCUGGCCGGUGGGAAACACGCUGGUGGUGGAGAAGGUCACAGCAAAGCAUGCUGGGAAUUAUUCGUGCAUUGCCGGGACCAGGAUGCAGACCAACAGCAGGUUCUCCAGCAGCAGAGAGGUCACGGUCAGGGUCAAAGCCUAUCUCUCCAUACCCCAAAUAUCCUUCACCAUCUCCAAAGAGGGUUCGAGUUACCGCGGCAAUGUGACCUGCAUGUCAUCAAGGGGAACCCCUCCCGUGACCUUCUACCUCUUCCUUGACGACAAGGAGGUGGGUUCCGACGUGGCAACGGAGUCGCUGGUUGCCUGGUUCCCCGUUGCCAUGGUUCCCGGGCGUGACAUGGGCACGGUGCGGUGUACAGUGGAGAGUGAUGCACAGAGACUGACCAGCAGACCCCUGACUCUGGUAGUGGUCCCAGUAGGAGGCUCACCAAAGGUGGAUGUGGAGUACCUUUACAGGGUUGAUUCCAAGAUGGCCGCCGCUCGUCUCCAAUGCCUCCUGAGCCUCGGGACAUUCCCUUUCUUCUCCUGGUCCCUCAACGGCUCCCUCCUCCUUCACCCCUCCGAGGGAGACUCCUCUCACCCCUCUCAUGCCAUGGCGGACGGAGGGCGCACCCUAUUCCUCACCGAGAUCACCCUAGAGGACUCUGGGUAUUAUCGGUGCAGGGCAAGGGACAGUUAUGACGUAACGUCCGCCUGGGUGGAAAGCCAACCUGUCCUUGUGCAGGUCACAGAAGUUUCCACGACAACCAUAGAGGUCAUGGCCAUAGUAUUCUGCUGUUUCCUCAUGCUGACCCUGGCAGGGGGUGUGGCCUGUGUGAUGAGGAUGCUCAACCGCCAACGAGACGUUGUGGCAAGCAGCGAGCAGAGAGCGAGAGCAGCAAAUGAAAGACGAUUCAGCGAACAUUUCUGCAUCAUUCCAGAUCCACUUCCUCUGUCUGACAUCACUACCAGGUCAGGGGUCAAGCAAGUGGACACUUCCUGUGUUGACAGUGACGUUGAGAAUCAGACCCUUGAGAUCACAAUAUAACCGACGUGAUGAAAUAAACCCAACCUCAGACCGACGAGUUCCUCACAAAAUAAUCCUUCAAUGUAAUUUUAUCCAACAAACUAUUUAUAACAUUUUUUUCAAACACUUCAGCCCAUUUUUCAGAUUGAAGUGUUAUAUCUUCAAAACUCUUACAACAAAACUCAAAACUCAUAUUGAUUGCAGUACUUACGGGGGUAAUACACUCGACCACUGCUACUCUAACUUCCAUGAUGCAUACAAAGCCCUUCCCUGCCAUUCCUUCGGCAAAUCCGACCACGGCGCCAUCUUGCUCCUA